AUGUGUGGAAUUAGUGGUUGGGUAGAUUGGUCAAAUAAAAAUGAUUUAUUAAAAGAAGUUGCAAUAAUUCAAAGAAUGAAUCAAAGUGUUUAUCAUAGAGGACCAGAGGAAGGUGGAAUUUGGAAAUCAAGUGAUGCAUUAUUUGGACAUCGUAGAUUAUGUGUUAUUGAUGCAGCAGGUGGUAAACAACCAAUGAUUUUUAAAAAAGGUGAUAAAUCAAUUGUAUUAUGUUUUAAUGGGGAAUUAUAUAAUUUUCAAGAUUUAAGAAAUGAAUUAAUUUCUUUGGGUAAUCAAUUUAAAAGUCAUUCUGAUACUGAAGUAAUUCUAAUGUCAUAUAUUCAAUGGGGUGAACAAUGUGUUAAAAAGUUUAACGGAAUGUUUGCAGUUGCAAUCUUUGAUGAAGAAAACCAAAAAUUAUUCCUUGCAAGAGAUCAUCUUGGUGUUAAACCAUUAUUCUAUUGUACUAGAGGUGAUUCCAUUCUUUUUGGUUCAGAAAUGAAAGUUUUACUAGCAAAUAAUAAAUUGGUUAAAGCAGAAGUUGAUAAAGAUGGUAUUGCUCAAUUAUUUUAUUUGGGUGCAUUUCGUACACCAGAUAUUGGUUGUAUAUUUAAAGAUAUACAUGAAGUAUCACCUGGACAUUCAAUUACAUUUAAUAAAUCAUUAAAUAAUAAUAAUAAUAAUAAUAAUAAUAAUAAUAAUAAUAAUAAUAAUAAUAAUAAUAAUAAUAUCUCUUUCACUACAACUGGUCAAAAAGAAUAUUGGAAUUUAAAAUGUUUACCACAUACUGAUGAUGUUCAUCAAACAAGUAAAAAACUUAGAGGAUUAAUUGAAGGUGCACUUUCAAGACAAUUAAUAUCAGAUGUACCAAUUACAUUUUUAUUAUCUGGUGGUUUAUCAUCUAGUGUAUUGGUUUCAUUGGCAUCAUCACUAUCGAAAUCAUCAUUUCCUGAACCAUGUCCAAUUAAUGAAACUAGUAUUUUGAAAACUUUUUCAUGUGAAUUUGAAAAUGAUGAUAAAGAUUAUAAAGAAGAAAUUGAAGGACCAAAAAAACCAUGGGUUGAAAAGGUUGUUAAAAAUGUUCAAAGUAAUCAUAUUUCCACACAAUGUAAUGUUGAUAAUUUAAUAAAUACAAUUUCAUUACCAAUGAAAGCAAGAGAUCUUCCAAGUUUUUCAAAAUGGGAAACACCAUUAAGACUAAUGCUAAACAAAGUAAAAGAUCAUGGUGUGGUUUUAAUCUCUGAUGAAGGUUCUGAUGAAAUAUUCUCUGGUUAUGAUUGGUUCAAAAAACAAUCUUCUUUAAAUAUGGAUAGAUUACCAUGGAUUGGCAAUAUCUAUAAUAAUAUCAAUCAUUUCUUAAAGGAUCAAAUAUUAGAACAAGUUGAUUUUAUGAAAUAUGGUGAGCAAGUCUAUCAAAAAGCCAUUAAAAACAUGCCAGUGCUACAAGGUGAGGAUGAAACUCAAGUAAAACAAAGAGUUGCCUCUUGGUUAUUUAUUAAAUACUUUUUAGUAUAUAUGCUUGAACGUGAAGAUAGAACAUCAAUGUCUCAAUCAUUAGAAGUUCGUGUACCUUAUUGUGAUUAUAAUUUGGUUGAAUAUUGUUGGAACAUACCAUACAAUAUGAAAUCAAUUGAUGAUAUUGAAAAAGGUAUUUUACGUCGUUCAAUGGCUCAACAAUUACCAAAAGAUAUUUUAUAUCAUACAAAGGAUAAUUUCCCAUUAUCAGUUAAAGAUACAAAUUUCUUUAUUUCAGUUUGUAGUCUAUUGGAAAUUGAAUUAAAUAAUCCAUCCUCACCAAUUUUAAAUUUUAUUAAAAAGGAAUCAAUUAUGGAAAUUAUUAAAAAUAAAUAUGAUGAAAAAUAUCAAACCUAUCAAAAUCAAAGUGUUAUUGAACAUUUACUUCAAGUAAAUACAUGGAUCAUUGAUUAUAAUGUUAAAUUUGUUUAA